ACAAACGUCACGCCGUACCGUAAUUAAUAUUCAUGACCCAAACCUUCGCCAUAGUAGACGGAAAUGCAACAUACGAUAAGUUUAAAAAUGAGUGAUGGACUCUAGUUCACAGCAUCAACCUUGUACUGUGUUCUUUGAUUUAGAGACAACUGGUCUGGAUCCAUCAUGUGACAUCGUCCAGCUGGCUGCAGUGAGUGGGGGUCACACUUUCAACCUCUUUAUGGUUCCUCGUAAGCCGAUGCAGCCCAGCGCAUCCAGGAUAACGGGUUUCAGUGUGAGACGCCACCGUCUGUUUCUCCACCACAGGCCGGUCCUCACCAGCUCUCUCCGAGAAGCCCUGGUUUCCUUCAUAACCUUUCUCCAGAUGUUGGGCCGGCCUCUCCUGGUGGGUCACAACAUCCGUAGGUUUGACUGUCACGUUUUGGCCAGAGCUCUGGAUGAGUUCAGUCUUAGGUCAGACUUCCAGAAAGAGGUCGGCGGAUUCGUGGACACCCUUCCGUUGGCCCGACAGCUUCUCAAAGACAGUGGCCUCCAGAGCUUCAAGCAGGAGAACUUGGUUAAGACCCUCCUGGGAGUUUCGUAUGCGGCCCACAAUGCUCUAGAGGACGUUCAAGCCCUGCAGAGACUCUACUGGGCCCUCAAGCCCACAGACGAUCAGAUUCAGAAGCACAUUUUCACUCUGGACUCAUUAGCUACUGCGUCUGCCAAGCAUUAGGACCAUUGUUUAUGUGACCACUGGGUAUCACAAGAGAAGAAAGAGCAGAGGGAUGUUUGGAUGUCUGAUUGAUGAAAAAAAUAAAGUGAAGCAAAUUUGUACAUUUGUAAUAUUUUAUAUGAUUUGAACUAAAAUUGUACUGAUGUUUUUAAUUAAUAAAUAUAUUUAAAUAUU